GUUUGGUAUUUCCGGUUGUGUGCGAAAGGCGGACGUUUUGUUCUGAAAAAUAGUGAAUAUUUUAGAUCAUGGCUCCCAAUAAUGCCCUGACGAUAUGGGGCAAUGAGAAGACGAUGAACCUGAACACACUGCUGUUGACAAACAUUCAGUCGUCGCCAUACUUCAAAGUCAAUUUGUUUGACCUCAAGACCUAUCACGAGGUCAUAGACGAAAUAUACUACAAGGUGACACAUCUUGAGCCAUGGGAAAAGGGAAGUAGAAAGACAGCAGGUCAAACUGGGAUGUGUGGAGGGGUUCGAGGUGUGGGAGCUGGCGGCAUUGUGUCCAGUGCUUUCUGCUUGUUGUACAAGUUAUUUACUCUCCGGCUGACGAGAAAACAGCUGAUCGGACUGAUAACACACUCUGACUCGCCAUACAUCAGAGGGCUUGGUUUCAUGUACAUACGAUACACCCAGCCUCCUGCAGACCUGUGGGACUGGUAUGAAGACUACCUUUACGACGAGGAGGAAGUUGAUGUGAAAGCGGGUGGUGGUCACGUGAUCACGAUUGGCGAUCUGGUUCGUCAGUAUCUCGUCAAACUGGAGUGGUACUCGACACUGUUCCCCCGCAUUCCCGUGCCCGUUCAGAAGGUCAUUCAGGAGAAGCUGCGGGAAAACCCGCCCGUUCAUGUCGCCAAGCCAACAGAAGACGAGCCGCCCAGUCGACCAGAACACCCACGUCUGGAGAGCGUGUCGUUUGGCGAGGCCGAGCGCGUGUCUCACAAGAGACACAGCCCCAGUGACGACAGACGAGCACCACCAAGACACAGAUCCCCCCGGCGAUCGCCACCUCGGAGAUCCCCUCAGUCAUCAUCAUCCCGACGCAGAUCCCCCCGGCCCUCUCCCGUACAGAGGUCUCCACAUCAUCGGUCCCCUCGUAGAUCACCGCCCCGCCGGUCCCCACCGUCCCGACACCACUCACCACCUCGGAGAGAUCGCUACCAUUCCCACGAUGACGAUUUCGCAAGGCAGCUGGAGAGAGAGCGGAAGAGGCAGCAGAGAGAGAAGGACAAAGUGUGGACGGGAAAGGAUCACGGGAAGAAACAGCCUGGAAGUCGAGAGAAGCGGCGGUCACGGUCCAAGAGUCGUGAGAGAAAAGAGAAGUCAAAACACAGGUCACGGUCACGGUCGAGGUCACGGGCUCACAAACACAGAGACAGAGGCAGCGGUGAUCGGAAUCAGAGACUGGUUGAUGAUAAUGGACAUUGCUGAUGCAGCUCAGUUUUAGCUCACACAUUUCAGCCUUUUAUUAUUUUUUUUCUCCCUCUCUUUUUUUUUUUUUGAAUUGAGCGUUAUGUAUCCUGGAUGACUGGGAACAUUUUUGUUCACAAUCAUAACAUGUUCAAAUCUUGGACUUAAUUUUGAACAAAACAUUUCACCCUUCAUUUUGUCGGCACAUGACUUGAACAGUAAAUAAGAAUGUGUUCUUUGCACAAGAAGUUGUGCUUUUUACUUUUGCAAUCUUUGUACAAUUAUGAACUGCAAUAGCCGAUAUUCGUUUCAUGUUUAAGAAGCUGACAUCAUUUUGAAUAGAAGACUCAAGUUCACUGUACAUACCAUUAUUCUAUAUUAUUGUAUUAAAUGCUGUCACAUUA